AUGGCGGAUAUCAGUCCCAUUAUUACUACGCUAGGAGUCUUUCCUCAGGUCAUUGAUGCUGCCGAAAAGUACAAGACUGCGGAGCCUGAUCUUGAAUCUCGUGGGAUAGCGAGAGGCAUCGCCAACGAGAACGCACAAUUCGAGCAAACCACACAAAGACUCCAGUAUCCAACACAGUUAUCUUCCUCGCACGACUACAAUUUUGUCGUAUCACAACUAGAGGCAAAUUUCGGUGCGAAGAGUACCGCGCAGAUACUCGACGACUUGAACACCCUGACCGCUCAGCUUCACAGUCUGAAGGCUGAGCUCGUCAAUACCGGGCGAGGAAAGAAGUGGAAAGGUCACGUCAACCACAACAAGACCCUGCUGCCCAGCCCGAUAUUGAAGGACAAGGUCCACGACCACCUUCUCCGAGUGAACAGUCCCUAG